AUGCCUACCGUCAGCAAAAGACCAAACUUCCUCAUCAUUGUCGCCGACGACCUGGGCUACAGCGACACAAGCCCUUUUGGCGGCGAGAUAAACACGCCGAACCUGGCCCGGCUCGUUUCGGACGGCAAAGGGCGGCUGCUGACCAACUUCCACACGGCUUCGGCCUGCUCUCCGACGCGAUCUAUGCUCUUCUCGGGCACUGACAACCACAUCGCCGGCCUUGGCCAGAUGGCAGAGAGCAUGCGUCACCACGCGGACCUUUACAUAGACAAGCCUGGGUACGAGGGCUACUUGAAUUUCAGGGUCGCUGCGCUCUCCGAGGUCUUUCAGGAUGCCGGGUACCAGACCUUGAUGGCGGGCAAGUGGCAUCUCGGUCUGACGAAGGAGACCUCACCUCACGCGCGUGGCUUUGAAAGGUCUCACGUCUUUCUGUCCGGAUGCCACAACCAUUACAACUUUGAGCCGCAGCUGCAGGAGCCCGCGCAUGGGGUCUCGGAUGUGAUUGCUCAUGCUGAUUUCUGGAUGGAGGACGACCGGUUCCUCGACAGAACCAAGGACCUCCCCGACGACUUUUACUCGUCUACGUUUUACGGCAACAAGAUGGCCCAGUACCUCCGAGAGCGAGCCGGGUCCGACAGGCCAUUCUUUGCCUAUUUGCCGUUUACGGCGCCGCACUGGCCCCUGCAGGCGCCGGCCGAGCUGGUCGCCAAGUACAAGGGCGUCUACGACGACGGGCCGAGCGCGUUGCGGGCCAGGCGGCUCGAGAGGCUGGUCGACUUGGGGAUCAUCAAGGCGGAGACGGAGCCGGCGCCGAUGACGGGCCGCAAGAUCCGGGAUUGGGACGAGCUGUCGGCGCAGGAAAAGGCCGAAUCUGCCAAGAAGAUGGAGGUCUUUGCCGCAAUGGUCGACGGCAUGGAUGCCGCCAUCGGGACGGUGCUCGACCAGCUCGAGGCGGACGGCGAACUGGACGAUACAUUCGUCUUGUUCAUGAGCGACAACGGGGCCGAGGGCGCCAUGCUGGAAGCGGCACCGAUGAUGGGCGGCGGCAAGAGCUUCACGCAGAUCCUGGACAAGUACUACGACAACCGGCUCGAAAACAUGGGCAACAGGGACAGCUACGUCUGGUACGGGCCGGAGUGGGCCUGCGCGAGCAUGGCGCCGAGCAGGGGGUUCAAGGCGUGGAUCACCGAAGGCGGCAUCCGCUGUCCCUGCAUCGUGCGCUAUCCGGGAUUGUUCGGCCGAGGGCAGGCUCGACACGAAGACGGCCCGCGGCCGACCGCCGCGAUGGACUCGUUCGCCACCGUCAUGGACAUAUUCCCGACGCUGUGCGACCUGGCGGGCAUCCCGCUGCCGGGCAAGAGGUUCCGCGGCCGGGACGUCGUGCCGACAAGGGGCUCCUCGUGGGUUCCCCACCUCUCGGGCGCGGCGGCCAGCUUCCACGACGAGGAGCAGCACAUCACCGGGUGGGAGCUGUUUGGACAACGGGCGAUACGGCAGGGGCCGUGGAAAGCAGUGUGGAUGACCAAGCCCAGGGGGAGCGAGAAGUGGGAGCUGUACAACGUCGAGCGGGACCCCGGCGAGCUUCACGAUGCUGCCGGGUCGGAGCCGGAGCUGCUGGAGAGGAUGAUUGAGCACUGGGAGACGUACUAUGCCGAAACGGGCAUGUACGACCCCGGCGUCACGUUUGGGUUUACAAAACUUUGA